AUGAAGCUAAAUCAGCUUAUUAAUCUACCAAAAGAAAAACGUGGACCUCCAGAAAAUUCCGAUCCGACACCAUCAUCAUCGUCAUCUAACAAUGAUAAUAAUAGUAAUCAAGUUACAAAUUCCGGUCCGACACCAUCAUCAUCCUCAUCUAACAAUGAUAAUAAUAGUAAUCAAGUUACAAAUUUCGGUCCGACACCAUCAUCAUCAUCUAAUGAUGAUAAUAAUAGUAAUCAACUUCCAUCCGGCCCGACAUCAUCAUCCGUUGCUAAUAAUGAUGAUACUAAUGGAAAUCGGCUUAUUGGUCUACCAAAAGGAAAACGUGGACCUCCAAAAAAUUCCGAUCCGACACCAUCAUC